AUGCAUCCCGAAGAAAUUACGGUUUGCGGACCGGCGACGUCAUUGGGUCGUACCGUCUUCCGUGUUGAACAAGACCGCUCUGUUUUCCAUUGCAGAUGUGGCGCCUUGUCUGUGGGUGAUCAAGUGCUCUCCAUCGACGACACCAUAAUCGAGAAUUCAGCCUACAGUCCGGACGAGGUGAUGACAAUGUUGGACGCGAACACGGGACGCGGCUACACACAGAUGCAAAUUAUGCCGGCGCACGCGUUGACGCGAAGAGGUCACACCACGCUCGGCAGUCCCAAGUAUGGUUUCAGCACGCUGGAGUCACGCAAGUCACGGCAGCGACAACGCUUUGUACGGAAAAGUUCGCUGCCCCUAGAUGGAGGUGGCGCAGGCAGCGGCGGCGGCGCUGGUGGUGGAGGUUGUGGCGCGGGGAGCAGUUGCAACGGCGGCGGUAGCACGGGCAGCAAUAGCGGCACAGCGAGCAAUGUCAGCGGUGGCAGCAGCGCCAGCGGCAGCAGCACCGGUGUGAACAGCAGCGCUUCAACGACUGGCGUUGGCGUUGGCGGUAUGGGCGUGGGGGUGGGCACACUGCAUCAUCCCAGCGCUAUUGGUAUUUGUCGGUCCGAAACGUUUCCCGUGCUGCUGGACUGUAGCCAGGGUUCUGGCAUUGUGCUCGGGCUGACGACCGCUUGCGGACGCGCCGUGACCAUUGCGCAAGUGUUGGCCGAUUCGGUGGCCGAUCGUAGCGGCUCGAUACAGAAGGGCGAUCGCAUUGUGGCCAUCAAUAAAAUGUACAAUUUGGAUGUGCAGACGAUGCGGCAGUUGUUGGGCGAGAAUCGUACGUUGCAGUCGGGGAAGUCAACACAAUCAGCGGCCGCUAAUUGGUUGGAAUUGGAGAUCGAAAUCGAUAUGGCUGAUUCGGUGGUGCCGUCGAGCGGUGUGUACAAUGUGAAAUUGCUGCGCGCUGGCAAAUCUGGUUUGGGUAUUAGCGUAAAUGGUUCUAGUCAUGGUGGUUUUGUUAUCUCUGAUGUGAAACCCGGUAGUCCGGCGCAUCGUACGGGCUCACUACGUGGCGGCGAUAUACUUUUGGCGGUGGACAAUCAUCCCGUUCAGCAUUAUAAUGUGGACUCACUGCUGAAGGAGAGUCCAUCGGCUAUGGAUUUCACCACUCUAACAGUGAAGCGUGUUAUGUUGCCGGACUUCUUGUUCGAUGCUCAACAGAAAAUGCCAAAUCCCAUUUAUAGCAAUUGCCCGGCCAGUCCGAGUGAACAUGAUUUGUACAGCACCGCCGCCUAUGUCACGUCCAAGUUCAAUGAUUGCUUGUCUUUGAAGUCGACAACGCCACAAUCAGAUUUUUACCACAAUACCGCCGGCAUUGACGAUGGUUGUAGUCUGCAGUCGGUGCAAAUGCGUCAUCAUCCACAUCCCUGCAAUACGUGGAGUGCCAAUACGUCCGCGAUGGGUCGCUCGUUUGCAGCGCAGAAUACACAGAGUUUGACCACGGAGCUGCCGGACAAUGAGGACAAUAAUUAUCAAGACUUUACCGGCUACGAUUUGGAUCGCUAUGCGAGGUGAGUUGAAAGAAUGGUUUAACCACCACCAAUGGAGAACAAAGUCUACGGUUCCGCAGCCAGCUCGAGCAGCAAAAGCAGUGGCAGCAGUCUACACCAGAUCAUCUUCACUGUGCGUUUGGAACCGAAAGGUGGCCUGUUGGGCAUAACGCUCGCCGGCAGUGAGGACAUUAGCAAACCCAUAACGAUCAGUGGCAUUGUGGAAGGCGGCAUUGCGCACAAACACGGCCAAAUACAUGUUGGCGAUCAGCUGUUGGCCAUCAAUGAGGAUUCGGUGCAAGGCAUGCCGCUCUCACAGGCGACCAAUAUUCUGCAAAAUCUCGGCGAAACUGUGGAUCUGAAGAUACUGCGCGCACACGAAAUCGCCAGCAUUAUGGCAGGUGGGAAUUUGGAAGGUGUCAACAUGCCACAACCGCAAGCCAUUUACGCGAAAGUACAACGACGGCCGCGCAGCCCUUCAUCGCAGACGGAUGCCGGGUCGGCCAGUGGCAAGGACGGCGGCAAGCAUCGUGUAUUCCAUGUGACCUUGAAGAAGGACAAAGUAUACGAUGACUAUGGGUUUUCCGUGUCGGAUGGUUUGUACGAGCGUGGUGUGUUCAUCAAUCGCAUACGUUCCGGCGGGCCGGCGGACUUGAGCGGCGUGCUCAAGCCGUUCGACAGAAUUAUGCAGGUGAAUGAGAUGAAGACGCAGGACUUUGAUUGUUGCCUGACAGUGCCUUUGAUCGCGGCCGCCGGCGACAAGAUCGAGCUGAUCAUACAGCGCACGGAAUGAUCGUGGCGCCUGCCAGAGCAGCUGGUCUACAAAUAUAAAUACUGACAAUGCGUGUGCCUUUCUUUAACGUCUAACUUCAAAGCACGAAUUUCGAGUUUCGUUUUGUUUAACCAAAUAAAAGUGUAGUAUUUACCAAAAACUAAAAGAAAAUGCGAAAAUGGCGCCGAGAGGGGUCGUGAGCUCACAUGUCACUUGAAGCACCGUCGCAGAAACCAUACCAAAUAUUAAUUAAAUUAAUCUUAUGUAUAUUAAGGGUUCUAGCUUUAAGCGCGAAAGAAAUAUUUUUUGUUUACGAUUUUGUUUUGAAAUAUAUAAAUUAAAUUUUUCUAGUAGUUAGCAACAGACCGCAGUGCCAUUGACUUACGAAUUAAAGCUUUUGAUACAAAUUUGUUUUAAUAUUUAUGAAAAGUGUCUACUUCCAGCUUUAAAAAGGACAAAUAAACUGACAAUAAUGCAACCGUAGUGGCAUACUUACAUACAUACAUACACAUAUACAGACAUAUAUGCGCCUAAUUAUAAGAUAUAUGUAUUCGAAUACUUACAUAUAUACCUAAACACUUAUAUAUGCAGUGUACCGUUAUGCAUGUAUUACAUAACAUAUGUCCAGGUAUAUAUACAUAUAUGUAUAUGUCUUUCAUACGAUUUUGCAAAAAGUGUAUUUUGUAAAUUUUCCAUUUGUUUAUAGCGUUAAGGUAUAUUAUAUAACACUACUUAUAUACUUUAUGUACUCGUAUGUCAUUUGAA